AUUCAAGAUAGUGACACUGCGGAGAUAACUAAAUUAUAUGGUGUUGGAGACCUGAAAGUGUUUCAUGACAAACAUGAGGAUACAAGGACAGCCUGAAGGUGCGAGGAGGCGUCUGGAUUUAAAUGCGGUCGGUGAUCUCAGGGGUGUGGAGGUCAUCCGUGGUCGGGCAGGAUAUGGCUUUACUAUUUCAGGACAGCAGCCAUGUUUGUUGAGUGGCAUCCUGGAAGGAAGUCCUGCUGACCUGGUGGGACUCAAACAAGGGGAUCGCAUCAUGGCCAUCAAUGGAGCAGAUGUGUCCACGGCUCUGCAUGAGACUGUGGUGCAGUUGAUUGGCAGCUGCAAAGGGCCUUUAAGGUUGGUUGUGCACGCCGAAGGCCGAAUCAUGGAGAACCCCAUCCUUAAUGACGAGAAAUUUGGGAUUGGACAGAAACAGCGUCUUUUCCAAAAGGCAGGUGUUCUUCGCACCAUCUCGCACGAUUCAAGCAAUUCCUCCUUUAACUCGAGUCAGUCGUUGACCCCCAAACAGAGGCCGGUGUCAGAGCCCGACAUGUCACAGUGGUCACAACAAUGGAGCGCUUUAGCUGAGCGGCCGAAGGAGGAAACUUCCAGAGUGGGGGACACAGACUCUGUUUUUACAGACACAGAAGAAGCUAAUUCAGACUGGAGUAUGUUAAACAUGACCUUGGUGGUGGGCUACCUGAGCUCUACGGAGCUGAUUUUAAACACUACGGAAUCAGAGGAGGACUGUUUGAAAGCCAUUCGGGAGCGAAUACGUCAGCUGGGCACAGAGCAGGAUACCCAUACUCUUGUGUUGAUGAAGAUCAUGUUUGACUGCGUCCGACUUUGUGAUGACGCCGGAGCUGUUUUGGCAGCCUUUCCUACCGAGAACCUGGUUUUAGGGGCUGUGUGUGCUGAGGACCCACGUUUUUUUUGCCUGGUCACUACAGCACAUAUAAUCAAUGGCCGUGUCCCAGAGGACGGUCCUUUGAGGGCCUCCUGCCAUGUUUUCUUCAUCGACCCAGAGCUUGGAAAUCAUGAGGACCACAUAGGGAUUGCUGGGCGCUUUGGCUUUGACUGCACUCCAGAUCCAGAUGCUUUGGGCUGUCUGGAAUUCCCUCAGACUCCUCUGGAUGUCCUUCACUUUGUCACAGUCCUGUACGGCGAUUUGGGAGACGCUGUGGAGAGGCUUAGAGUCAAACUGGACGCAGAAGCUCAGCAGCAAGCCAAAGAAAACGGCAGCUCUGGCAAACAAGGCAGCGCCAGCAGCAAUGGGGACAGUGGAAUUGGCAAUGCUUCCCCCCCUGAGGAGAGAGCGGACAGGGAUUUCCCUUCUGCAAUCCGAAACCACCCUGGGGCCCACCUCCCCAGCUGUCCAUGGGAUUAUCCUCCGGCGGAAGACCUCACCCCAAUAAAUCUCUCCAAAAAUGGCCACAAAUGUAAUCCAGAGAAGAGCGCCAGCACAAAUUCCCUUUCAGAGUCUCUACCUGGCCCAGAUUCUCUAACUAGCUUUUAUGGUGGCCCCCCACCCAGGCUCGAGUUCCAGUUCAAGCCCCCACCACCACCUCCUCUGCCUUUGGGUAAAAAAACGAACUUUUUGGGAGACCCUCUCAGAGGUAGCCAAAGGUGGUUCUCUAAGCCAAAGUGGCCUAAAACCUUCAGUGGUGAUUCAGAGCCUCUGGUGAUAUCCAACAAUAACUGGUCCUCCAGCGUUAGCCUCAGCAACAGCACAAAUAACCUGCCGCCCCCUAUGAGCCAGAUCCCCUCAGAUAGGUAUCAGUCAGCAGAGGUUAUGAUGCUGCCCCCAAGAGAGGAGUGGACCAAAAGGUUUCUUGAUCAGAGAGAGAAACAACGGAAGGAUGGUAGUACCAAAAAUGGCUCCAGGUUUUGGGUUAAGGGGGUUCUACGCGCCUCCAAACGCCGCCCAGCUAAACGUCUCAGCCUGGCACGAUCUCUAGAUGAUCUUGAGUCUGCUGCUUCCUCAGAUGGCGAUUAUAGUGGAGUCCAGUUGCAGGGAUGCUGUAGCCAGAGCAGCCUGAACAGUAAUGGCAGUCUUCCAGGAGCAGGAAGCCUUCGAGGGGUUCCAGAGCAGCGUGUGGCGAGCUGGGCCGCCUGCUUCGAGCGUCUGCUUCAGGAUCCGGUGGGCGUGCGCUACUUCUCGGAAUUCCUCAAGAAAGAAUUCAGUGAGGAGAAUAUCUUGUUCUGGCAGGCCUGUGAAUACUUCAGUCAUGUCCCUGCAACUGAUAAAAAGCAGCUGUCCCAGAGAGCUGGAGAGAUCUACAACAGCUUCCUGUCCAGCAAGGCCACCAUGCCGGUCAACAUCGACAGUCAAGCCCAGCUGGCCGACGACGUCCUCACCUCCCCACGGCCCGACAUGUUCAAGACGCAGCAGCUACAGAUCUUUAACCUGAUGAAGUUUGACAGCUACUCACGAUUCCUCAAGUCCUCGCUUUACCAGGAGUGUAUACAUGCCGAAAUGGAGGGCCGACCCUUGCCAGAUCCCUACCAGAUCCCCUGCAGUCCUGCGCCGUCCAAACACAGUGCCAGCUCUGAUCGCUCCAACCUCUCCACUCCGAAAAAUGACGGCAGAAAACAGAGGUCAGGGAGGUCACUCAAUGAGGACAGCAAAGACGAGAGCGCCGACAAAAAACGUGGGAUUUUCUUCUCAUGGUCCCGCAACAGGAGCUUUGGGAAGGGUCCAAAAAAGAAGGAAAUUGGAGACAUUAACCUCGACUACUGGGGUAAUAAUGGGCGGAGGGAGUCCCAGGGCUCCUUGUCGUCCGGCACCAGUCUGGAGAUGGCCACUUCCUGUUCUACUGGCAAGAUUGAGUCUGACAAUCGCCACUCAGUUGGAGUUUGGGAACGCACCCCCAAACAUUGCAGUGUGAUGUUACCCGACGGCUCCUGCUCUUCUAUCGCGCUUCGGCCCGGUGCCUCCAUUAGAGAAGUCCUCCAAGUUCUCUGUCACAACAUAAGCGUGAACAUCGCCGCCGUCGACCUCUUCCUGGUGGGAGGGGAGAAGCCUUUAGUGUUGGACCAGGACUGCAUGACCCUCAGCUCACGAGACUUGAGACUGGAGAAGAGGACUUUGUUUAGAUUGGACCUGGUACCCAUUAACCGCUCCGUGGGGCUGAAAGCCAAACCGACCAAACCAGUUACUGAGGUCCUGCGUCCCGUGGUGGCCAAAUAUGGCCUCCACCUCAGCGAGCUUGUGGCCAAAAUAAGCGGACAAUCUGAGCCUUUGGAUUUGGGCGCCCCAAUAUCAAGUUUGGAUGGCCUGCGGGUUGUGUUGGACCGAGUGGAAACAGCCUCGGGGAAAGACAAAUCCAAGUCAUCCUCCCUAAAAGGCCACCCUCCUACCAGGAGUCUUUCUGCAACCAUAUUAGCAAGGACGGUAAAGACACAGAGGCGACAGAUGGACCGGGCUCAUCUUUAUGUGGUCUCAGUAAAUCUGGACACUUUGCUCAGUAGGGGAGAUGAGAGGUCAACACCAAAGGACUUUUCUGUGAGAGCAAGUGGACCAGACUCAGCACUCCCAGGGGAAAAGAGAAAACAGAAAAAGAUUAAUAUAGAUGAAGCUGAAGAAUUCUUUGAGCUGCUGAGCCGGGCGCAGAGCACCCGAGCCAACGACCAGCGUGGGCUCCUGAACAAAGAAGACCUGGUGCUUCCCGACUUCCUGCGUCUGGCUCCCCCCACCUCCUCUUGCUCCGUCUCCUCUGACCUUGCCUGCUCCACUCCUGAAUCGCUGAAGCGAAGCAACGGCGUUUCCUCACGCGGGCCCCUCACCUCCAGUCUUCGUUCGGAGAGCCUGGACUCCUCCCUCAGCUCCAGUGCCAAUGGACACUCCGGGACCAGGCGGUGCCUUUUACCCCCUCCUCGUCACGCGCCUUUCGGCACCCACUUGUCCCCCAUCCCCCGGCCCUCAGACCCCCGGCCAACCCUCCGCACCGUGGAAGAGGACUCCAACAACGACCUGACCCUUGUGGGGGAGGGCGACAUCAACAGCCCCAACAGCACCCUGCUGCCUUCAUCUCCAUCCCCUAUGCCGUCCUUCGAGGGCAGCCUGUCCGAGGCCAACUUCACCCCGCCACCACCCUGCUCCCACCCUCAAGACGCAGGUGGAGAGGGAAAGUCCAGUUCAGAGGGAAAAACAGACACAAGCUCCAACAACAAAACACCCGCAGACAGAGCCGACGCCGCAGUCCAGGAGGUGAUGGAUGUGGAGGGAGUACAUCUGGAGGAGGGAACAGUGGAAACAUCCCAGGGAGAGGACACUGAGCUCAGCCUGAGCUUCCAGGGUUACGUCGCAGAGCUGCGACAGUGCCAGAGCAGGAUGAGGAACGCCCAAAUGCCCCAGAAUGGCCGCAACCCACCAGAGGGCAAGGACUGCAAGACAGACCUUUACAAGGCCACUGUUGUCUGAAAGGGAA